AUGCAUGUCCUACUUGCCGAAGACAACCACGUCAACCAGCGCCUCUGCGAGGUAACGUUUAGGAAGGUCGGCUGCUCGUUUGCGAUCGUGAACAAUGGCCGUGAAGCCCUCGACUACCUUGCCGGUCCACCAAAUACGUGUCCCCUCCCUGAUAUCAUCUUGAUGGAUGUUUCUAUGCCCAUUAUGGGCGGCAUCGAAGCGACACAAAUAAUCCGAUCGCAAGCACCUUUUGUCAAUGACCCCAAGAUUAGAAUGACUCCCAUAAUCGGCAUCCACCCUUGCUGGCAUCGGGGUCAGAGAGACGCAUUCAUCGAGAAAGGAAUGACCGACGUGCUGUCCAAGCCUAUCAGAAAAUCGGAACUCAUCAAUCUUCUGUUGCAGUUUUCUCGCCAUGAGCCUGUUCCUGUGGGUCCUGGCUUCCCUGGGAUGAGAAUGAAGCCUGUCUGGGGUUCUAUGCCGCUGAGGAGAUUUCGUGGACCGAGGUCUCGUCUGUGA